CUAAUCUUCGUCAGUUUUUGUUUUUCUUUUGUUUUGUUUUUUUUGUUUUCUUUUUCUUUUUGGUUCUUUCCUGGUGAUCUUGUCGUGCAGCGUGUGUUGUUCUUAUCCUCGAUCGGAAGAGGUCACGUGCGGUCUCCUUGUCAACAUACUUUUUUUUGGCGUGUAAUCAAGGAAUAUAGUUAUUAAUUACUAUGGAUACAAGGCUGAGCGCCGGCGUGGAAGUUGACGAUGACGGCGGUGUGCGAGUCGACAUGGCUCGAUCUCCGUCGAAGCGGAACGUCGUUCUUCCUCUCCUAUUGCUCUUGGGAAUGCUGCUCAUGUCUACAUACGUUGUACAACGGUCAGGAGAUGGGGGGGCACAAGGAGGACUUGAAGCUUCAACACAGUACAUCUCCUCCUCCUCCUCCUCCUCCUCGUUAUCAAAAGGGGGAGGAGGAGGUAAUGUCGUGGCUACUACGGAGUACGAGGGAGUUGAUGCUGAGCUGGAUCUCGAUCUUGCCGAACUGGGUGAAAUGCAAGAGUACGUAGACCGUCGAUCGUUGAUUAGUGCCGAUGAUCUGAUUAUCUUUAACUCAACGGUUGUCGUGGAUCAGAAAGUCGUCCUUCGUCAUACCGCCCGAUCGCCGUUCGACACUUCGUCUAUGUAUUGCUCAACGGCCAUCCGCAACAUUUUAUUCCACCCCAAGGAGACGGUAAUCUUCUACAUUCUCGACGAGUCAUGUUACGCCAAUGUCACAAACAAGCGGGUACGUUCGAUGCACUCCUACUGGAAGGCGAACCUAAGCACGGUGGCGAUGGAGAUGUGGAAUGGGACCGAGGCGGAACCGGUGCUUCUGAGCAACUGGUGGUCCAGCACCGAGAAGACGACCAAGAGCAUCAAGAAAUCGACGGUCGUUGGGGACACUGGAUCCAUGGCUCUAGUUUACGGCAUGGAUAUUCUUGAGAAUGCCGAGCAGCUUGUUCUCGGUGCAACGACGGAGGGAGAAAAGGAGAGGUCCAAGCUCGUCUUCAUGGACACCACCACUGGCAAUCGCGUAUCCAACGCCUCGACGAACGUUGCCAACGUGGACUCUCUGGCAUUCAAUCCGAACCGUACGCAGCUGUACGUCACAGAUCAGCUGUCGCCGUUCGUGAGCCUCUACUCCAUUCCGUGGACAGCCGACGACAACGCAAAUUUGUCAAAACCGAGGAGCUUCAAACAGGUCGGGAGUUUCGUGGCGGGAGGGGAACCGGAUAUACGGGACAUGAACUUUCGUCGACAGAGCUUCGAUCCCACGGGGAACUGUCUGUACUCUGUGGAAAACGGCAAGAUCUGGGCCGUCGAGCCGAUGAACGGCAAGGCGCCGACCCUGCUGGCAGGAGGCGGCGUCAGUAAGAGUGGCGAGCCCGAGGACGGAAAUCACAAUUGAUCAUCUUUUCUGCAUAUCAGCAUGGAACACAUCCAGCUUCAGGCACUAAAUAGAAUCCGCUUUCCUAGUGGGACUGCGCCCCUGGUCCGUCAAAUGGUUUGUUUCGGUUGGCUAGCUUCGAUGCCGAAAUUUUCCGUAAAUUCAAUCAAAGUCAAUGUGUGUGAUGCCCAAGAUCCGUGGAGAAACUCUGUGUCACGGUGCAUGUCCACAAACUACAUAAUAAAAUCAAAUUGCAAUCUAAAAAGAAGAAUGCUAAAUUAGUAAAUUGCAAUUUCAAGG